UGAGCGUUGGUCGCUGUUUGUCGCAAUUUUCGUGGGCACGUUGUUUUCAGUUGUUUUGCGUUGCUCGAUGUAAAAGUAGGACUUUAACAAUCUUGACAUAAGCGUAUUGCGUUGCUAAAAAUCUUAAUAUAGUCAAAAUGGUUUUAAGUCCGACCACGAAACAAAGGAUAGCCAUCGUCCUGAAUGUGAGCAUUUGGGGUUUUUUUCCUGCUGUACUCUUUUUAGGAUUCAGCAAGGGUGCUGACCCAGGCAUGCCUGAAUUAACCCUUAUGAACUUAUUAUGGCAGUAAGUCUUUCAUGGGUUCAUUCCAAAAGAAAUUAUGGAUACCAUUGAUGUUGCAUGGAUACAUUUUAUUUAAGGUUACACAAAUGUUUCUAAUUAUCAGAGUAAUAGACUGUAUCUCACUAAAUAAAUGUUAUAUUGUUAACUAAAGUUGAGUAACAGUUUCUUUUAUGAUUAUGUGUGUUGUGUACAGGAACAUUCUUGUAAUGACGAUGAUGAGUAGUGAAUGAGGAGUAAAAAGGAGUUCUAUUUCUAGUUAAUCUAGGUCUGUU